CAACUAGUCUCUGCCCUUCUCGUCUGAUAGGAUGGCUUCUGACUCUUCCCCCUCCUGCUGCUCUUCUGCGUCGAGGGCCGGGGCUUCUGAUGGCGCGAUUGCUUCAACCGGUCCCGUGGACGCCACGUGUCUCCCCAGCGCCUGUGCCACCUCCAGAUGCCACACUCCCACCUUCCUCCCCAGGUCCUGUGCAUCAGCUGGUUGCCUCACGCCACGCUGCUUGGCCGGGAGCUGCCACGCUCCGUGCCUGGUGGGGAACUGUGUCUGGGGUGAGGAUGGCGUGUUCAACAGCAACGAGAAGGAGACGAUGCGGUUCCUGAACGACAGACUCGCCAACUAUCUGGAGAAGGUGCGCGGGCUGGAGGAGCUGAAUGCGGAGUUGGAAUGCAGGAUCCGGGAACAGAGUGAAGAGGACGCCCCGUCGGUGUGCCCUGAUUACCAGAGUUACUUCGACACCAUUGAAGAGCUCCAACAAAAGAUCUUGUGUACGAAGGCAGAGAACUCAAGACUUGCUGUACAGCUGGACAACUGCAAACUGGCUGCCGAUGACUUUAGGUCAAAGUACGAUGCUGAGCUGUCUCUCCGCCAGCUGGUGGAGAUGGACAUUAGCGGCCUGCGUGGGAUCCUGGGGGAGCUGAGCCUGUGCCAGUCCGACCUGGAAGCUCACGUGGAGUCUCUGAAGGACGAUCUCCUUUGCCUUAAGAAAAACCACGAAGAGGAGGUUAACGUGCUUCGUGAACAGCUGGGGGACCGACUCAGUGUGGAGCUAAACAGUGCCCCCACCGUGGACCUCAACAAGGUCCUGGAUGAGAUGCGUGGUCAGUAUGAAACCGUGCUCGCCAACAACCACAGAGACAUGGAAGAAUGGUUCGCCGUUCAGACGGAGGAGCUGAACCAGCAGCAGCUGUCCAGUGCAGAGCAGCUGCAGGGCUGCCAGAUGGAGAUGCUGGAACUGAAACGCACAGCCACUGCUCUGGAGAUUGAGCUUCAAGCACAGCAAAGCCUGACGGAAUCUCUGGAAUGCACGGUGGCAGAAACCGAGGCCCAGUACAGCUCGCAGCUGGCCCAGAUGCAGCGCCUCAUCGACAGCGUGGAGACCCAGCUGGCUGAGAUCCGCUGCGACCUGGAGCGUCAGAACCAGGAGUACGAGGUGCUGCUGGACACGAAGGCCCGGCUGGAGUGUGAGAUCACCACGUACCGGGGGCUCCUGGAGAGCGAGGACCGCAGGACCUUUGCCUGUGUUCGGCUACGGGACAAAGGGGAAGGGAGGUUGUUAAUCAGCUGA